UGACAGUUUCUUUUCUUUGUUUAUAUUUUGCAGUGUUCCGUUUUUCCAUCCUUAAUGAUUACAAACUGCUUAAAAUAGCCUUGUGGCAAAUAUCUUUUAUUCAUGACUGUUCAUAAAUAGUUGAAAAAUGGAAAACCAAAGAUUUGUCCCGGGUGAUCCAAUAUUAAUAGAAAAUAUUGUAAGCUAUUUGAAGGCUAAAGGAUUAUUUGAUGAAUUUCGUCAUGAAUGUUUAGCUGAUGUAGAUACUAAGUCUUCUUAUCAAAACAUGAGUCAAAGAGUUGAUGGAUACACUUCAAAGUUCUUAGUAGGUCAAACUUGGAAUCCAGAUAUGAACAAAAAUGAAUUACGGAACAAGCUUCGUAAAAACAUUGAUGAGUCUGGAAUGUUAGGUCUUGGAUCUGACCAUGUUGUUGAGCAAGUAAUAAAUCCAAAAAUCGGCCAGUUAUUUUUACCAAAAAUAAUCGAGGUUGUUCAUCAAUAUGUAAAGGAAGAAAAUGAAAAAUUGAAUAAAAGACUACAAAUCAAUGAUAUUUCUUCUUCUUCAGAAAAUAAUGAUGGAAUAUCAGUCAAGACAAAAACUCCAGUACUUGACCCUAUUGCUGAUAUUCUUUCUUUUACUUGUUCUAAACCAAAAUCCAAUCCUCAAAGUACUAUCCAAAAAUCUGAAACUGUUCACAGGAAAGCAGCAGAGGUAUCUCAAAGAAUUGAUAAGAAAAAGGAAGAUGCCAAUUUUUCUGCUAAGUCAACUGAAAUCUUACCUAAACCUGAAAAGAAAGAAGAAGAAAAUGCUCAACUAGUGAAAAAUAUAGAAGUUUCUGUUAAAAGUGAACAAGUCUCAGAAGACAAUGUCUUAGAUUCCUCAGAGGUAUCAGAAAAAGUAUCUGAAGAUAUUGAAGUGAAACUUGAAGUAGUUGAAUCAACAGACAGUGAUGAAACAGGAUUAAAACCUGCAACUGAUUUAAAGGAAACAAAAUUAAAAAAGGAUCUUAAACCUGAAGAAAUGGAUUCACCAGGUGAUACUGCUAAGAAACCUCUUAAAGAUGAUGUCAAGGUAGAAAAAAAGAAAUUGGAAGACACAAAACCGAUUGAGGGCAUAAAUACCUGUGAAGAUAAUAAAACUAACAAUAUAACUUCCAAAUCUAUCAGUCAUAAUAAACCAAAGCACGAACCAGAAAAAUCCAAGAAAUUAAAAAUACAUUCUUCUCAAAAACAUCCUAGUUCUUCCUCUGAUCUACGUAAACCAAAGAUUAAAGAAACUUCUGAAACUAAACUACAGUCUGAUAAGCAUUCCAAGAGCGCUUCAUCAAAAUUAUCCAAACCCUCAAAAGAGUCUAGUUCCUUUUCUAAGGGUACUUCAUCAAAACCUGUUAAAAAAGAGAAAUCUGAAGUUGACAGCAUUAAAAUAAAGUCUUCUGAUUCUCAAUCAAGUAAAUCUUCUAUAAAGAAAUCUUCUUCGAAACCAAGCUCAUCAAAGACUGAACUAACUAAAAGCAAAUCAUCUGAUAAACCUGAUAAGGAAAAACAUUCCAAGGUGCAAAUUUCAAAACCAAAAGAAUCAUCCACUAAUGUUGAUAAAGGAAAUAAAGUUGUGCAUCAGUCUUCUUCUUCCUAUGAUUCAUCUCAAAGUAGUGACUUCGAUAAAAGUCAGCAAAUAACCAAUGAGGAUCAGAAAAAACAGAAACAUUACAGUAAACACAAUAAGCGGGAUAGCUCUGCUGAAAAUUCCAGUGCAAAAGAUACCAAGAAAUCGUCCGACUUGAAACGGUCGUUCAAAAAAACUGAUCAAACUGCUGUUAAAAAGCAUAAAAAUGAAAAUUCAUCAAAAUUAUCUUUUAAAGAUAAAUUGAAAGAAGAUAUGGUUCUGCAUAAUUCUGCCAAAACUAUUUCUCGUUCUAAUAGUUUAUCUGGGUCUACGUCUUCCUCUAUGAGUAAAGAUACCCAAUCCGAUGAUGCUAGUGAAAGUUCUUCAAAACAGUCAGAGAAAAAGAAAAAGUCUGAAAAAGAGCGAUGCUCGACUCCACAAAACAUACCCCGUCCACCCCCACCUCCACCACCUUCAUCUGAUUUAGUUGUUACGGAAACAACGUCGUCAUCACAAGACGAUACAACACAAGAAGAGUCUGGUACACUAUCAUCAGAAGAUGAGAGUUUUUCUGAAGGAGAGAGUAGUGAUGAAGGCAGCAGUGAUUCUGAUGAUUCUGAUUCUCACACACAAGCAUCAGACCACAAUAGUGUAGUAGAGCCUGCUGAUUUAAGCGAGAUUUACGAUAGUUUCUUGUACUCAUCAUCCUCAUCAGACUUUGAAGGAUUUUGCUCAUCUCCCGAAAGAAAUAAAGAAGGAUCGUCUGAUCUUAGUGUGAGCUCUGUGCAUACGAGUGAUCUGUCGUCAUAUGAGGAUGAAGUCAGUGUUGAGGAUCUCUCUAGUGAAGAUGGGUCCGAGCCAGGUGAUCAGAAAGUCAAGAAAAAGCUCACAGUAAAAGAAGCACAAGAACUCUUAAGAAGUAAAGAAGCUAAGAAAAGUUCAGAUUCUAUCAAGGAUGUUCCUUACGAAGGCACACUAAUGAAAGAAAAAUCAUCCGAAAUAUCUUUGCCUGCGUCCACAUCUAUUUUAUCAUCUGAAGAAGAAAAUUCCCCUCGCCAGGAACCGAGACGAGAAUUGAGAAGGGAACGCAAGCUGAAUCCAAAAUAUGCAUCAAAUGAGUACACAUCAAUUUUCAAUUCUAAAAGAACAUCAUUCAUCACAAAGCAAAUGAAUUUGAGUCCACAGAAAUCACCAUCGAGUUCUUCUUCAGCUAGCUCUAAUAAAGUGGCGGAAGUCAAAUCAAAGGAAAAAUCUGUUGCUAGUAAAAAUUCUGCAGCAACUGAAACAAAUCCUGAUAUUGCUACUUCAAAUGACAUCCCUUCUUCAGCACCAAAUGAAACGAACAAUAAGACUGUGAAAAAAGUCGACAAGAAACGUGCAUUUGAAGCUGAAUCUGUUGAUGAUUCAAGUUGUAACGAAAACAAUUUAGAAAGCAGUUCUCUUAAUAAACUUUCACCAAAUAUUAAAAAUCCAUCCAUGAAAACCAUCGAAAACAAAAUUGCUAAAGACUUGAAUCCAAAUGGUAUGAAACGUAAAUUUGAUGGCUCUGAUAAAACCGAAAAUAAAAGAUUGUGUAUCCGCAAUUCAAUUGACAAAGAUAAUUCAAAUGAAAAUAAAACAUUCAAUAAUCAAAACAUUAAAAAAUCAGUUCUUUCUAGUAAUAAUCUUCAUAAACAGAAAGCUAAUGGAGAUGUGUUAAAAAAAGUGGACCACAUGAGAAAAAGCUCUCAGUCUUAAACCAAACUGUGCUUUUGAUAAAAACAAAUAAAGGUUAAUAGUUUCUGGAAAUUUUGAGGAAAUUAUUUUCUAUGGAAAAUUGAACCUUUCAAUAGGUUUAUUUUUGUAUAAUAAUGACUUUUUUUUAUACUUAACGAAUUGCAAGGUAAAACCUUAAAUAAUUUCAAGACUGAAAGGCUUGUAAGAAUAAGAUUCAAUUAGAUUUUAGAAAUUUGAUUUUCAAAUGGUUUUCUUUACAUAGGGAUAGAUUUUAAAAAUUAGAAGAAAAUCUAAUUUUUGAAAAUAUUUUAUGAUGUAAGCAAACCAUAACUAGUACAAAAGAACCUCAAUAAUCCUACUUGGUAUCCUGGAAAAGACCAACAAUUUGGAAAAAAAAAAAAAGCAAUGAAAGAAUACUAGAAGUCAGUAAAAAUGCAUGGUUUCUGUGUUUGCUUAGGAAGCAAGGUUACUUAUUUUUGCCAAGUUUUAUAAUUUUUCGCAGCCUUUUUAGUGUUUUUUAAUUGAAGUAUAUCAUUUGAAAACUUUUAUAACUAAUUCAUUAUUAAUUUUUUCCAAAAUGAGUGCAUUCUAAACUGUAAAGUGUUCUUGAAUGUGUUCUUUCUUGAAUGAGUUUAUUCUAAAUUGUAAUUGUCAUUGUUUAAAAAAGGUUGUAUUUUUCAUCCCAACUGUGUAUCAUUUCUCAAAAACAUAUUUAAUUUAAAUUUAAUCUGUUUACAGUUCUUGCCAAAUUAUCAUCGUAAUUUAUUUUGGGAUAUGACAAUAGUUUAUUGAACCCAAUAACAAAAAAACUAGCAGCCAUUAAUUUUUAUGCAUGGUUUAUAAACAUUUUCGCGUUAUAUGACCAUUUUAGUAUUUGGAUGGAACUCCUAGACCUUAUGUCUAAGUUAAGGCAUGGAUUUGACACUGUCCUGGUAGCAGAAUUCAUUGAGUCAAUCUGCAGCAUAAUCUUCAUAGAUUCAUAUAUAUCUGCAACUCCAACUCAGUUAGGUAUUUUGAGACAAAAAAUCUGCAGAUGUCAUGAUGAUCAGCAGUAGCCACUGCUGAGCUGCGAGGAUUCUGCUACCAGGGAAACAGAAUUUAUUCAAUUUAUUUUUAUUUGUUUAGAUUAAUACGGAAAAAAAAAAAUAGUGCAAGGGAAUAUUUUUUAUCAUUAUUUAUUUUAAAUUUCUCAUACAUAAUUGUGCUAUAUACAAUCUGAAAGAUCAUGUGUGGAAAGUUCUUGGUUGCUAACAUAUUUACUUCCCAUUUUUUGUUUAAUAUUAUAUCAAUGUUUUUUCUUUCAUUCUUUUUUUCUAUUUAAUUAAAACAACUUUUGAUUGAAUAUUUAAUUUCAUUAUUUUUUUAUGCGUGUAUAAAUAAAUAUUCCUCAAAAUAUUUUGGUGAUAAAUUAUGUAGCUCUCUUAUUUGCAGUAAAUAUUAGCGCUGAAAUAAUUUCAUCUUAAGUUUUAUCCCCAUCACCAGUCAUUAUUUUUUAUUUUGUUUUGUUCACUGUAACUGUAUUCAUGAACAUUAAAAAAUACAUGAAACAAACUGCAUUUAUGUAAGUACAAUAAGUAAGUAUAAAUAUAGUAUCAAUGUAUCAUCUCAGAUAUCUUAAAAAAAUAUUUAAAAUAUACGAGAUGAUUUUUUUUUUGUAAUUAAAUAAAUACAGUAAGAUUAAUUGAUUGAUCAAUUAUUAAAUAGAAUUGCAGAUUAAUUAUAUACAUUGUCAGAUUUUCAUUUCUUUUAUGUGUACAAGUUUAAAGUUUUAAACUACUUAAACUGAUUCUAUUAUAUUUUGUUUGAUUUUUAUAUAUUGUUAUUUGUAAAAACUGUACGAGUACUAAUUAAUUUCAGAUGCACAGAUACUUUUGUACAUAUCAUGAAUAACAAAUCUGUGUUGAAAUUGUAUUUAAUAAGUUCUAUUUUUUUCUAUUGUGAUUUAUGUAUACAUGAAUAAAAUUAUUUUAUGUAA